GGCGCAGAGUCUAGCGGGCGGAAGAAUUGAUAAAAAAAAGAGAGUUACUCUCCACCACGCCGAGGAAGAUACCAAGCGAAAGAGUCGAGAGCUAGAGAGAACGGUCAUUCGCGCAUCUAACACUUCUUACCCACCAUGGCUGAAACUGAUUCUUUCCUUCACCUUGCUCGCCCUUUGGGCCCGAUGGCAGUGGGGUCUGCACCGACAACCGCCCCUCUGAAUGUUGUCAUUCAUCCUCAGGCUCUCUUCUCGAUCCUUGAUCAUUCCCUCCGUCGCAAUGCCGACCAGGAGCGUGUCAUCGGAACCCUGCUAGGAACCAGGUCAGAGGAUGGAACUGAGGUGGAAAUUCGUACGACAUUCGCUGUUGGACAUACUGAGACAACGGAUCAGGUUGAGGUCGACAUGGAAUACCAGAAGCAAAUGCUUGCCUUGCAUCUCAAGGCAAACCCGAAGGAAGUGCUGGUCGGUUGGUACGCCACUUCGUCGGAGUUGAACACCUUCUCCGCUUUGAUCCAGAACUUCUACAGCGGGCAAGGUGAUGGAACUUUCCCUCACCCUGCUGUCCACUUGACUGUCUCUACCGAGCCUGGCAAGGAUGUUGAAACCCGCGCCUACAUUUCUGCUCCUGUCGGUGUGACGGCAGAGAGAGCCGCUGACAGCGCUGCCUUUAUCCCCGUCCCCCACGAGAUUCGCUACGGCGAGACCGAAAAGAGUGGUUUGGAGUCUAUUGCUGCCGCUCGCGAUGCUGAAAGCCGUGCUGCGAACAUCUUCACCGAUAUCGAGGCUCUUGAGCGUGCCGUCGAGGAGGUUCUUGGUAUGAUCGACCGCGUUUCCAAGUAUGUCGAAUCUGUCAUCGAUGAGGAAGCUCCUGCAUCGACAGCACUGGGCCAGUUCCUUCUCAACGCUCUCGCUUUGGCGCCCAAGGUUGAGCCUGCCGACAUCGAGCGGGAUUUCAACAACCACAUCCAGGACGUUCUGGUUGUGUCUUACCUGGCCAACACCAUCCGUACACAGAUGGAGCUGUCCAAUCGCUUAGCUACUGCCCAGCUCACCCUUGGCGGCGAAUCCGGUAAUGCAGAAUCCGGCCAGCGCGGAGGUCAGAGAGGUGGCAAGGGAGGCCGCGGAGGGCAGCAGCGGACUCAAGACCGAAGUGGAGAGGAGGCUCGCGCGUAAAGAGGGAACGUAAAACCAAGGCUAUCCAUGAAGACACCUUUUCUUUUCUCUUUACAUCUCUUGUCGCAUCCAAUUUUUACUUCUCGCAUCUAUUAUCCCGCUACUCUGUUUAUCCCUUUUCCCCUUGAUAUGUGUUUAGGGUUCUAUCUUGUCCAGGGCUGUCGUUUCUUGUGGAAAAAGUUUGUUUUCGGUUCUGCUCCCAUCCUUGU